GCGCCCCUCCCCUCCGCGCAGCCCAUUGGGCAGCGAGCCUGCGACCUUUGGCCAUCCCGCUGUUCCUCUCCGCGGGGCCGGAGACCUCCCAUUGGCCGCCUCGUCCGCCACUCCGGCUCUCGGCGCGUGUUGUUUAUUUGGGCGCCUCGGAUUGGCUGGGCGCUGGCGGUAGGAAAGCUGCGAUAGGGAGCGCGGGAGGAAGUGUCUACGUGACGUCGCCCGGCGAAGGUCGGACGCGGGAGCAAGGGCGAAGCCAAGCGCGGCCCUCGGCCGCCUGGGGGCGCCGUCCCGCCCGGUCCCGAUUGGUCAGCGGGCGGCGUGGGCGUGGCUCCUCCGGAGGCCGGCGGUGCCGAUUGGUCUCCGCGCCCGCGGUGGGCGGGGCGCCGCCCGGCGGGGGCCCGGCUGCGGGGGUGCUCAUUGGCCGCGGUGGCGGCGCUUGGUGACGUGUCGGCCGGUGCCGGUGCCGGGUGCGGGGCGAUGCGCGGGCGGGCGGCGGCGGGCGCACAUGGCCAGGAUCGGCGUUUCCUGCCCGUCGUGGCGUUCGGCGGGACCAUGCCCGUGUCCGGGACCGCGGCAGCGCCCGGUGGCGCUGGGGAUGGCUGUCACCGUGGCGCUCCUGUUGCUGCUGCUGCUGGCGACCGCCACCCCCCGCCGCCGGGUCGUGCCGGGCCGCGCCGCUCGGCGCGAUGAGAGGUACCUGGCGCGGGCGGAGGAGCUGACUGCCACCGACACCGAGGACUCGGCCCUUAAUUACGGGGUGGUCGUGGACUGCGGGAGCAGCGGGUCCCGGGUCUUUGUGUAUUUCUGGCCCCCGCACAACGGGAACCCGCACGACCUGCUGGACAUCAGGCAGAUGAGGGACCGCAGCAGCCGCCCCGUCGUCAAGAAGAUUAAACCAGGCAUCUCCGUGACAGCAGCAGCGGCCCCCGAGCAAGCUACGCCCUACCUGCGGCCUCUGCUUCAGUUCGCGGCAGCCCAUGUCCCUGCUCGGAAGCACAAGGAGACUCCGCUUUACAUCCUGUGCACGGCAGGCAUGCGGCUGCUGCCCGAGGGGCAGCAAGCUGCAAUCCUGGAGGACUUGGUGAGAAAUGUGCCCCAGGAGUUUGAUUUCCUCUUCUCCAAAUCACAUGCAGAAGUGAUCUCGGGGAAACAGGAAGGUGUCUAUUCUUGGAUCGGCAUCAACUUUGUCCUGGGCCGGUUUGAUCACGAGGAUGAGGAGGAUGCGGUGGUCACUGUAGCGCUGGGGGACAAGGGAGAGUCCCUGGUUCGGAAACGAACAGUUGGGAUCCUAGACAUGGGGGGUGCCUCCCUGCAGAUUGCGUACGAAGUGCCUGACUCCGGAGCCUUCUCCUCCCCGCAGCAGGAGGAGGCUGCUAAGAGCUUGCUGGCGGAAUUCAACCUGGGCUGUGAUGUGCAGCACACCGGCCACGUGUAUCGUGUCUACGUCAACACCUUCCUGGGCUUCGGGGGCAAUUUUGCCCGGCAGCGCUAUGAGGAUCUUGUGCUGAACCAGACCUAUCACCGAUUCUCUCAGCACAUCUUCCCAUCGCAUCCCCACCUUGAGCUCUCUCUCCUGUCUCUCCUUCCCUUCAUGAAGCUGUUGUCUGAGGCCAGAGGCUUAGUGCCCAGCCUGCAUGGCCAGCAGAUGGGGCUGAGCCCCGAGAUGCCCUUCCUGGACCCCUGCCUGCCUGUGGGGCUGGAGGACACGGUGGUGAGAGGUGGCCAAACCCUUUUUGUGCGGGGACGAGGGGACUGGCUGGCCUGUGUGGAGCUGCUGCAGCCCCUCCUGGCCGGGCCCAACGGCAGCCAGGCCUCCCUGGUGAGGGCCUACAAAGCACCCAUUGACUUUGGCAACAGCGAGUUUUAUGGCUUCUCUGAGUUCUUCUACUGCACCGAGGACGUGCUGCGCCUGGGGGGCCAAUACAGUGCCUCCACCUUCACCUCUGCUGCCCAGGAAUACUGCAGCCAGCGAUGGGAGGUGCUGAUCCAGCGCUUCCGUGGUGGCCUCUACUCUGCUCACGCUGACCAGCACCGGCUAAAGUAUCAGUGCUUCAAAUCAGCCUGGAUGUACCAAGUCCUUCACCAGGGCUUCAGCUUCCCCCUGGAUUACCCGAGCCUGCGCACGGCCCAGCUGGUGUAUGACCGGGAGGUGCAGUGGACGCUGGGAGCCAUCCUCUACAAGACACGGUUUCUGCCACUCAGGGAUCUCCGGCAGGAGAGCAUCCGGCAAGCACACGCCUCCUGGCUGCGCCUCUCUUUUGUCUACAACCACUAUCUCUUCUUCGCCUGCAUCCUGGUCGUGGCGCUGGCCAUAGUCCUCUACCUCCUGCGGCUGCGCCGCAUCCACCACCGGCAGCUGCGCUCGGCCCAGCUCAACCUGCUCUGGCUGGACAAGGUGGUGGUGCCGCUGGGCCAGGGGAAUGGACCAUGACACCGGCGCUACCCACUGUCCAGUUGCACCAGCAGAACCAGGACUGGUUCACAGCCUGGACUCCGAGGGCUUGGACUCCUCCUUAAAAACCAUCUCAAUUCUGCGCUCUAUCAUCUCCACAUCAGAACCAGAGCCUGUGGGCUAAGGCAGCUACAGACAGUGGGGCCUGGCUCUCUGCCUUGCCCCAGGCCUAAUCUUUGCAUUCCGUGGCCUCUGGCCUUUGCCUUGCUACGUGGUGUAGAGCAAAGUCCUCUGCUGCCAGCGGGCUCAAGGCUGCAGUCCCGGCAGGUCCCUCAGAUAAACAGGAUGCUGUCACAGAUGUAGCCAACCCAGGGCUGUGUCCUGAAGCCCUGGGCCACCCCAUGUCUCAAUCACUGGUUCGCAGAGCAAGCUGGUGUGGUGCUGUAGCUCAUGAAUGGGGUGGCCCUUCUGCAGUGCCUGCCAAGCCCACGGGCUGGAGAACAGCAGUGGCCAGCAAAGUUACUGCAGGAUGCAGGUGAGCCAAGAGUUCCACUGAGCUGUUCUGCUCUGCCCAGCCCGACGCCUCUCAGAGCAUUCCUUAAGCAUUGUCCUGCUCUUUGCCAAGUCUCCCUCUCCUAGGACAAUCACCUAUGGUCCCAGGCUCAGCCCUGAGGGCUCAGGGACUGGAUCCUAAGGCACCACCAAGGUGGCUGCCUUUCCUUACAUACAUUGCCUCCUGGGUGCAUCUGCCCCGUGGUGUCCCCCACGUUAAUCAGGCACUAACCAGGACCCAUGGUUCUCUCCCCCAUGAGUGCAGGCUGGCCCUGCCCCUGGGGGAACCACCUCACUCCAGCCCAGCUGUGCACAGGCACAAGCCUUCUUCCCUUGGGGCUGGAGCCCAGCAAUGAACCAAUGAAGUUUGUCACUUUUUACUUGAACUCAGCUGGUCCCACUCCUGUAGCAAUAAACAAACCCCUUGAGCCAUUGA